UUAAGGUGGGCACGAAGAUUGAACAAGAAAACAUGGGGGCAAACUCAAGUCAGACAGAACAGAGAAGAUCCAUCCAGCCUGAUUUUCCCCAUUAAAUACUGGUUUAUCUUCUCAACGACCCACCUAUUCCAAUUAAAAUUCAGGCAAAGUCAACUUCGGGGACUGCCAACUUGUUGCCGCAAUCUCAAGUGCCAGAAACAAGUUGCCAAAUAUGAAACACCCUUGUGGCAUAGAGGGAAGAGGCCAUAGAGAGGAACUUUUCUGAAGACCCAGAAAGCUUUUACUCUCCAUGGAUGGAUCUAUUUUGUUUCUUAAGUCUUUUUCCAAUACUGUUGAAUGAGGUGGGGCUGUGUCUGGCCCCUAUAAGAUCCACGGGGUAGGGACAAGAGAGCUUUAAUUUGGCUUGGAUUUUUCUUUCCUUUCCCAGUUUGGUGGUAUCAAUGGCCAGAGUCCUUCUUCUCCUCCUCCUCUUCUGCAAUUUGCUGCUGCUGAAACCUUCCUCUUCACAUUAUGCGUGUACUGAUUCAAGGGCACCCUUCACCCCAAAGACUGCUCUAUCAUUCUGCCCUUACAAUGGAACAGUCUGCUGCAACUCCACAGCAGAGUUGAAAUUGCAGAGUCAAUUCAAAGCAAUGAACAUCUCUGAUCCAGGCUGUGCUUCACUUCUUAAAUCCAUCCUUUGUGCUAGAUGUGAUCCAUUCUCAGCGCAGUUAUUUAGAGUUGAUUCUGUUCCCCGACCAGUCCCUGUACUCUGCAACUCUACUGUUGCCGCAAAUUCCUCUCAGACUCUCCAAGGAAGAGAGGACUUUUGUGCGAAAGUAUGGGAUACUUGUCAAAAUGUCUCUCUGAUGAAUUCACCUUUUGCUGCUUCACUACAAGGCCAAGCUGGGCAGCAAAUCACUUCCAACUUCACCAAACUAACUGAUUUCUGGCAGUCAAAAGCCGAUUUCUGCAAUGCUUUUGGUGGAGCUUCUGCAGAUGAAUCAGUGUGUUUUGAUGGAGGACCUGUCACACUAAAUAGUUCAGCUACUCCAAGUCCUCCUAGUGGUAUGUGUCUUGAGAAGAUAGGCAAUGGUUCUUUCCUCAGCAUGGCUGCUCAUCCUGACGGGUCCGCUCGCGCCUUCUUCUCCGACCAGCCAGGCAAAAUUUGGCUGGCAACCAUUCCAAAACAGGGAUCUGGUGAAACUCUGGGGCUUGAUGAAUCAAACCCCUUUCUAGAUUUAACAGAUGAAGUUUAUUUCGAUACUGAACUCGGGAUGAUGGCCAUUGCAUUUCAUCCCAACUUUGCACAAAAUGGCCGUUUCUUUGCUUCCUUCAACUGUGACAAGAGCGAGUGGCCUGGCUGUGCUGGGAAGUGUUCAUGUAAUUCAGAUGUGAACUGUGAUCCUUCUAAAUUGGGUUCUGACAACGGUGCCGCGCCAUGCCAAUAUCAAGCUGUUAUUGCGGAGUUCACUGCCAAUGGUACCGCACCCCAGCCUUCUUCUUUGGCAACAAGAGCUAAACCAUCAGAAGUAAGAAGGAUUUUUACAAUGGGCUUACCAUUCACAGCUCAUCAUGGAGGACAGAUUCUUUUCGGCCCCUCGGAUGGGUAUUUAUAUUUCAUGAUGGGGGAUGGUGGCGGCGCAGGAGAUCCCUAUAAUUUUGCACAAAACAAGAAAUCUUUGCUUGGAAAGAUCAUGAGGCUUGAUGUUGAUACAAUGCCAAGUCCGGCAGAAAUUGAACAGCUUGGUCUGUGGGGCAACUACUCCAUCCCCAAGGACAACCCAUAUGUACAAGACAAAGAAUUGCAGCCUGAAAUAUGGGCCUUGGGGCUCAGAAAUCCUUGGCGCUGCAGUUUUGAUUCAGAAAGACCUUCCUAUUUCAUGUGUGCAGAUGUUGGACAGGAUCGAUACGAAGAAGUGGAUCUCAUCACCAAGGCUGGGAACUAUGGCUGGCGGGACUAUGAGGGCCCCUACCUUUACACUCCUCAACAGUCACCUGGAGGGAAUACCCCUGCAAAUUCCAUAGCCCCAAUUUUCCCUGUAAUGGGAUACAAUCACUCUGAAGUAAACAAGAACGAAGGCUCCGCCUCAAUCACAGGGGGCUAUUUCUACCGGUCCAAGACUGAUCCAUGCUUGCAGGGAAGCUACUUGUACGCAGAUCUGUAUGCGAGCGCCAUAUGGGCAGGCAUCGAGAGCCCAGAAAACAGAAGCAACUUCACAGGGAGCCAGAUCUCUUUCAGCUGCGCUCGAGACUCGCCAUUGAACUGCAGCUUCGUGCCUGGAAGCUCGCUUCCUGCUCUGGGAUACAUCUUCUCAUUCGGAGAAGACAACAACAAGGACAUCUAUGUCUUAGCAAGCAGUGGCAUGUACAGAGUCGUCCGCCCCAGCCGCUGCAACUAUGCUUGUGCAAAGGAAAAUGUCACCGCUGCUGCCAUCCCCAGCCCCAAUCCUGCUUCUUCCCCUCCGUCGCCAUCGCCGUCGCCGGCCUGCCGGUUGGCUGCAUCUGCAAGUACAGUGUUCUUCUGCUCUUCUCUUUUGUUGCUUUUGUUGGUUGUUGCCUAGCAUGCUGUGAUGAUACCUAUGGGAAUGGGAGAGAGAGCCAGAAGAAGAGGAUUUUUUUUUUUCCUUUUUGUGGGUUAGAGUUAGAGGAGAUUACUGGCUGUUGAGAUUUUCUCAUGUGUGUUUGUCUUGAGAGAAAGUUUAGCUCCUUAUCAUGUGUGAGCGAGCAUGGCAGCUAUCACAAACAAAACUUGAUCCUACCAAAUGAAUUUUAACUUUCUUUGUUGUAAUCUUAGAAUUUUGGCUUAAAUACACUAAAACUCUCUAAAUUGAAACGAUCUCCCCUCAA